AUGGAGGGUGCUUCGUCCUCCGCCGCCGGCGGUCCUUCUUCUUCUUCUGCGGCGGCGGUGCAGGGGAGCCGGGGCCGGGCGUCCGGGAGGGUGGGCGCGACCAACAUCGGCAGGCUGCGGCCGGGGAAGCAGCAGCAUGCCACGAGAGCCGCCGGCGUGGGCAUCAGCGUCAGCGUCACGUCCUGGCACCUCAGGGUGUUCGCGGCCGUCGUCGGCCUCAUGGGCUGCGUCCUGCUCGCCGCCUCCCUCGCCAUGUCCGCGCUCCACCAGGUGCAGUUCAGGAACGCCGCCAUCUCCAGGAACUUCAGGGGCCUCCAGGAGCUUAAGCAAAACAUUGUAAGGAGGGAGCAAGUGGAGCAGAUAAUGCAUGGAAGGCUUCUGCAAAUGGCCACUUCAGCUCUCACAAAGAACGGCUCUGAAUCUGAAGAUUUCGCGCUAUGGGAAGAGCCCUACAAGCAAGCGCGCAAGUGGAAGCCCUGUGCUGCUAAGCACAGUUUGGCUGACGAAGGGCCUGACAAGAUCAACAACGGUUUCAUCCUGGUCAGCGGAAAUGGUGGUCUAAACCAGCAGCGUGUCGCUGUAUGUAAUGCUGUUGUCGUUGCUGCUCUGCUCAAUGCUACACUAGUCCUCCCGCGGUUCCUCUACAGCAGCGUGUGGAAGGACACAAGUCAGUUUGGUGACAUCUAUCAGGAAGACUACUUCGUGAACUACAUGAAGAAUGAUGUGCGAAUCGUGAAAGAACUACCAGCACGACUUCAGUCACUGGACCUCGAAGCAAUUGGCAGCCAGAUCACUGACAUGGAAAUCUCGAAAGAGGCUGAACCAUCUGAGUUCGUCAAAUCGAUACUCCCAAUUCUUCAGCAAAAUGGCGUUGUUCAUUUCCUCGGGUUCGGAAACCGGCUAGGCUUCGAUUCAGUGCCUGUUCAUCUGCAGAGGCUGAGAUGCAGAUGCAACUUCCACGCUCUCAAGUUCGUCCCCGAGCUCCAGCAAGCAGGCUCCCUGCUGGUCCAGCGGCUGCGCCAGGUGAGCGCGAUGCAGACAGAAAUGGACAAGCAGCUGUUCGGCAACAACAUGCUCGACACGGCCUUCGCGGAGAACCACGCCGCCGGCACGCCCAACAGGUACCUCGCCCUGCAUAUGAGGUUCGAGGAGGACAUGGUGGCCUACUCGCUCUGCGACUUCGGCGGCGGCGAGGAGGAGAGGAGGGAGCUGCAGGCGUACAGGGAGACCCACUUCCCGGCACUCGCGCUGCGCCUCCGGAACACCACGGUUUCGCCGGAGGAGCAGCGCAGCCUGGGGAGGUGCCCGCUGACGCCGGAGGAAGCGGGUCUCGUCCUCUCCGCGCUGGGAUACGACCGCCGGACGUUCAUCUACGUGGCCGGGUCGCAGAUAUACGGCGGCGCGCCACGGCUGCGGCCCCUGACGCGGCUGUACCCGAAUCUGGUCACCAAGGAGGAUAUCCUCACCGCCGACGAGCUGGCCCCGUUCAAGAAUUUCUCUUCACGGCUUGCGGCCUUGGACUUCAUCGCGUGCGCCUCGGCGGACGUGUUCGCGGUGACGGACUCCGGAAGCCAGCUGUCGUCGCUGGUGUCCGGGUACCGGAUCUACCACGGCAGGGGCCGCGCGCCGACGCUGCACCCGAACCGGAAGCGCUACGCGCAGGUGCUUUCCGAGGAAGGGAGCAUCGCGUGGGGCGGGUUCCAGAGGAGGGUGAGGCAGAUGGUGGACGAGUACAAGCGGGUGAGCCCGCGGCCGAGGGGCCGGAGCGUCUACCGGCAGCCGAGGACGCCCGGGUGCAUGUGCAGGGCCGGCGGCGACGGGAGCGUCGACUUCUGA